ACGAUUGGUUAAUGUUAGUCUCUCUGUUACGACAUCCAUUCAUUGUCUCUGUUAUUCCAUUUCUAGGAUGAAUAUUGAGUCGUCUAUCCAUCGUCCAUGGUUGGAAGAACAAUUUCAAGCUAACAGGUUGCCAAUGGAUUCUGUGGUUCCACAAGAAACCAUGUCUAUGGAUAACGAACUUGAGUGGCAACCUCAAUUAGGUAAACUAUUCAAUACUUGGGAAGAGGCAUGGGAAUUUUGGAAGGAUUAUGGGGGAAAAAUUGGAUUUAAUGUUCGAAGGCAAUAUUUUAAUCCAGACAAACAUGGAAUGGUUUUGUCUGCAAGAUAUGUGUGUAGUAAAGAAGGUGUUCGUAAGCCAGAUAAAAGAGAUCGCUUAACAAGUAAUCGUCGAUUUCAAACAAGAACUGGAUGCCCUGUUAAGAUGGGAAUUAAAUACUUGAAAGAUAUUGCCAAGUAUAAAAUUCAUGAUUUUUUUGAUAAGCAUAAUCAUGAGUUGCACCUUCCUGAGACGACUCACAUGCUUGCAUCUCAACGUAAUUUAUCUAAAAUUCAAGCUCAUGAGAUAGACUUGGAAGAUGAUGCAGGAAUCAAGCAAAGGGCUUUAUUUGAGCUAAUGAGCAGGCAAGUUGGUGGCAGAGAGAACCUUGGUUACACACGUGUGGAUCAAAAGAAUUAUCUUCGCAUCAAACGAUUGAAAAACAUGGCAUACGGGGAGGCUGGCAGUUUAUUACAACACUUUCAACAAAAGUGUAUAGAAAAUCCAUCAUUUUACCAUGGAAUCCAAUUAGACAUUGAUGAACAAAUAACAAAUAUUUUUUGGGCUGAUGCGAGAAUGAUAAUGGAUUAUGAAUACUUUGGUGAUGUAGUCACUCUUGACACUACAUAUAGUACUAACAAUGCAUAUAGACCAUUGGCUAUAUUUGCAGGAUUUAAUCACUUUAGAGGAGUGGUCAUUUUUGGUGCUGCGCUUCUUUAUGAUGAAACUGCAGAAUCAUUUGAAUGGACCACGCAAUGGCUAAAGCUUUACGUGAGGUAA